AUGCAAGGCAGCCCAGAGAACAUCCCCCUGGGAGAGUGCACCCUCUCCCAGUCCAGGGACCAGCUGACCCCCCCGAGCCGCACGGAGAGCACCGUGUUCAGCCUGUCCCGCAGCGAGUCCAUCUGGACCACAGACCCCCACAGCAGCAAGUGUGAAGAAUUCUGGUUCGCCAUCCACCUCAUGUCCACCGGCGGCAGCUUCAUGGCGUGCGGCAUCAUCAUCAGCUGGCCUGUACUUCGCCGGCCACUGCAAGACGGUGACAAACUUCCUGGGUCCGGCCCUGCUGAGCAUCGGGCUGAUGGUGUUCGUGGAAGCGACAGGCCGUGUGUGUUUAAGAGCUGUGUGCACAGGAUCUGCACCUUAAAGGUGGGGCGGGACUCUGCAGGUGAAGCAUCCUCCCGUUAUACCUGCAGCUGUAAUGUGUCCACCAUGGAGCGGAUACGGACUCUUAUAGGAGGAUGCGUGCCUGCAUUUUUCGGCGCUGUCUUCUUAGAUGUUCUCGGUCUGGUUCUGCUUUUUGUCGGCAUAUUCGCAAACGUGCGCAUCGACGGCCAGUUUUAUGGCGACUUCUUGAUCUACACCGGCUCCCUGAUCGUGUUCAUCAGCCUGGUCUUCUGGCUCAUGUGGUACAUUGGCAACAUCCGGGUGUCGGAGGACGACGGCUGGAGAAAGAGGAGCAGUAUCGUGAAGCUGGCCAGGAAACUCACCGAGAGGUUAAGCCAGAAGCUGAAGGGAGAGCCGCGCGUAAAGUAUGUGGAGGAGGACAGAAGCAGUGUUUUCCCGCACACAAAGCCAACCAGGGUGACAUGGGGCAGAUCCACAGCCUCCCACAAUGAAGGGUAUGAAGACGAUCUGGACUCCCCUGCUGUGGGGAAGAAGAUGGAGACCGAACUAGAAGAGAAAAUCUGAUCCUUCAUAGAGCCCGUGGUUUAUAUGCUGCAGCAGGGACUGAACUAUUUCAAAUCAUGCAAAUAAUCUUUAUUAUUUCUCAGCUAAUGGAUGAAAAUGAUGUCCACAUGUAGCCGGUCCGUAGAACCUCAAUGCACCCCCCAGAACAUGUGGACCUGAAUUACAAAUGUUUUUGUAAUUGCUUUUAUUCUCAGUAACACUUUAUCGCUCAGGUCUGUGUGUUUCCUGGAAAGACUUCGCUGCUACGGACAGAGUUCAAUUAUUCUAUUCCAAUUAAUUCAGUCUUUCAGCAGCUCACCUCAACAUGCAGAAAUGUGAGAAAUAAGUCAAGUCAAGCAUAAAAUUCAACAUGCAUGAAGCGUUAACAAAUUCAUUACUUGUCAGCUCUUUCCAGGAAACUUUAGAAAUUGUGGAACUGAAAAAAAAAGUAAUUAUUUUGUAUUUUAUUUGAUUAAUUUAACUGUUUUUUUGUAUUUUAUUUGCUUUUUAUUUCCAAACAUCAAGGUCUAAAUGAUUUCAAAGCUUUAGCACUGAAGCACAUUAUAAACUUUAACGAUGAAGACCUUCAUUACUCUUCAUGACCUAAACUUAUUCUAAAAGGGUCCCAGGUUAUAAUAUAGUAUAUGGAGCAUUUAACUUGAAAUAAUCUCUAAAUACAAACGUAAGCACACAUAAUGAGGCAAACUGUUCUUUUUCCGGCCCUGCUGCAGGAAUUUAAUAUAAAACAUCUUAAUAUCUUUUAUUUCUUUUUUUAGAGUAUAUUAAUAUAUAUUGAAUCAACAACCUCAGAAAGGCAGUUGUCCUCCAUUAUUUCAGCUUUAAUGUUUUAUUUUUCACAAAUGCUUUGCUACAUAUUCCUAACAGGUUUAACAUAUUUCAAACACAUUUGAGCUGCGACCUCACAGAGUAAAGUCAAGUCAUGUUUGUCAAAGUAACAUCCACACUGGUCCGACUGGUUUGUCUCAAUGGUGUUGUGUUGGUUAAACAAACCUGGGAAUUCCCCAACACAGGAUCCUGUGACUUGGGAUCCUGUAUAACAAACUGUGUAUCCACUAACAUGUAUGUAUUGUCUCAUCUCUUAUCUCAUAUUAGGAAUAGUAGCCUCAAGAGACAAACAUUGGAAUAAUGGCACACCUUAUGUAAAUGUCCCAGCCAUGCCAGAGUUUUGUUUAUUUCACCUGAAGCGGCCUUUAACACAUACAGAGUUAGUUAGCCAAACACACUUGAAGGAAACUUGUGACGUCAAUAAAACAUAAUGCAUCUGUGAGCAGGCAGGACAAAGCCGCAGAGCAGAGACAAACAGCGGCAGCUUGACUGGGCAAACAAGCUGCUCGCAGAGAAGUUUCCAUUGCAUGUAUUUCCUCUUUGUAACACUUCACAAUAGGUGUCAUUAUCGUACUGCUGCACGAACUGUCCAUUAUGAAAUAUUGAGGGGAGGCUUAAAUGCAGUGUAUCCACCCUGCAGAGCUACUCCCAAGUUCAAUUUAAUGUGUGAGUUUAUUUCCUGGGGUUAAUCACGGAACUCAGUGGGAGUAAAGUCAAGAGCGAGCUUUUGAAGCAAUCUGAUAAAAAGAUGCAACACACUGAUGCAGCCUCGAAUCACUUUAGUGUCAUUAGCUGAACAAAAAGAUCAGGGGGGGCCCCAAUUAAUGAUAGCAGGCUUAUCGCUGUGUAAACACAAGCUCAAUGGCGGCUGAUUGCAAAAUAUAUGUGCAUAAAUCUGCAGUGCAGGUUACAGACAAUGGGUUGAUGUGUCAUCUAAAUGUCAUGCAAGGUGCAUAACAAGUCUUCCCUGCAAAGGAAUGAAGAAGGACCGUGUGACUUUCAUCUUAAUGAGCGGCACAACCCAUUGUUGUGGUUGGAUACCAGUCUUCCCACCAAGUCUUGUGCUAUGACAGAAAUGUGAAGGCGUGCUGAGAGGGAAGCAGUGUCAUCCAGAAAGCACUUUUCUGUAGAGACGUGAUCUCACUCCUGUCAGACCUUCAGACGACAUCCACCUGUCCGUCUCUCGCAGCCCGACGAUGGCGGAGAGGAGGUUCACCAAAGUUUUCCUGUCGCUGGCUGUGAUUUUUGACGUUGUCGGCCUCAUCCUCUUCUUUGUUGGUAUCUUCGCACCUUUGAGUUUCUGGGACUUUUUCGUGCUGUCCGGACCUUUGCUGAUCUUCUUCAGCGUGUUUCUUUGGAUAUUCUGGUACACGGGGAACAUCACUGUGUCGGAGGAGGAGCUCAACCUGCCCAAACACGACAUACUGUGACUGCAGUAUGAGAGAAGCAGGGCUGAGUCAGCGCUGGCCGAGCAGGACUCCUUUAAACCCAGCAACGUGAUGAUGAGGAGCGGACGGGCAGGACGGAUUGAAGCAGAAGCUUCAUCAAAAAUCAUGAAUUUGUGAGCCUGGCUCUCCUCAAGGUUUUGCCUCAGUGAAGGAUAUGUGAUAAAACCAAAUCUGGGCACGACCAGCAACACAUUUGACUAAUCCCAGGAGAUAAAAAAUAACUCUAUUCCACCCUUUGACUUCAGGGUGGAAACAACUUGUCAUGUUGUAUGUGGAAAGCAGUGAUUCCUGGACUGGAGUGGAAAAUGUAUUUCUCAGCACUUUCAUGGGGGAGGAAGCUUUCAAAAUGUGUACAAUGAUGAUAGUGUAUGCCUUAUUUAUGUCUUUACUAUGUAGCCUGCAUGAGUUGAUAUUGACAUAUAGGCUAUUGACAAUAUAUCCCUGCACAUUUAUGUAAUACUAAGAAGCUUUUGAAAUGAGUGACUAAACAUGCUUUA